GUGAUUACUUUGGUUUGGGUUUUACGAUACUCAAUUAAAAAGCGCUUUAACGCUAACACAAACAUGGCAACUAAAACAGUUUAACAAAACUUUGCUGUACAUUCGUCUUGUUUAUUAAUGAACUGUAUCUAAUUUAGUAUAAACAUUUUCCUCAGUCUGUUUCAUACACUUUCUUUAUUUCUCUUUGGGAGAAGUUGGUCUUCUGUCAAAAAGUUCUCUCGUGGUGGUCAGACACUAUUUAGUGUUCCUAUAUUUACUUUUUUCGUAGAACUGAUUCACCCUUUUAUUAUUCUAGUAAUUAUUAAACUUUUAUUUAUUUCUGUCGUCUUAACUUAUUUUUCAUGUUUCUUUUUAAGAUGACAAGCGAUAUGUGCUCGGUGGCAGUUAGAUACGAGGAGCAGAAACUAGCUUUGGAAAGCGAGCUCAGUGAUUACAAGCUCUCUGUGAAUGAUUGCAAGCUCUCCCUCGAGGAAGCUGAGACAAACCUAAAAAAUACCAAGAAGAACAACAAGCUCAUUGUUAAACGCCUUAAGACUUUCAAAGCAAGGUGCAAUAGGAGAGGCAAAAUUAUCAAGGCUGACAAGGAAACUAAAGUAGAAAUGAAAGAGAAAGUCGAGACCCUUCAAAAAGAAAACGAGAAACUUCGAAGCGAGCUGAAUAAUGGUUUCAUCGGACGCUACCGACAGAUGAAGAGAUUUUUUCUGCGUGUCGCAGAAGUACUGCUCUUCAGAACCACUUAUUGA